AUGGAUCAUAUCAGACGGCUGCUUGUCCGCCACAGCCACCGCUUCAAACAAUCUCCCGUAAAAACAACAAAGUCGUCCUCUCCAGACAGCGCUCCGCCAAUCCUCGCAUCCCCAAACGAGAUCCUCUACCAAAUCCUUGUCUCCCCCGCACUACACGACGAAAUCGUUCUCUCCCACACCUGCAGAGGUCUCCGGUCCCUCACACAAAGAGACUGGACCCUCGCUGUCAUCUCCCUCCCUCGCAACGCAAAGCUCGCCUUCUGGACGGGCCUCGCGUACAUCAAGCCAAACCAAUGGGUCUGCGGUCCCUGCUGCAAACUCCACAGGGUUUGUACACAAGAUAACCCUGGGGACAGAAAGUGCAACCGCUUUCGCUGUCAUCAGAAUGCUUACCACGUCUUCGAAAGGAGUGGAUGUUACCUCCGACAUAUGCACGUACAGCUCGCGCCAAAGUUGACCCGUAUGGGAGGGAGAAGUAAUAAGAACCAGCAAAAACUCCUCGAGAAUACCAUGGCGCCGUUCACAUCGCGAAUGCCCCAACCUAGGGGUAUCCACCUCACUUUCAUCUCGAGCGGGUGCGCCGUUACGCCCAAGAUUGUCGGCGGCAGGUUCCUGGUACACGUGGAGCAUGAUUUCCGCCAUAGCCGCGAGAUCGCAUUGGUUCGGUCGGGGUUCUUCAGGCGCGUUUGUCCGCACUUGAUGAUUAUGUUGAAGGAUCCUAAACAACACUUUGUGUUCGACGACAAUGACGUCGAUGUCAACGAUGGGAGUCGGGGCCAGACCAGAGAUGUUAGAGUGUAUUUCGGUACCAUAUACGUCACGGACGGCUGCCUCGUGGCGGUCGACGGGCAUGGCUUCAUUUGGGGUUGUGACGGUUCACUCGUGGCACGAUCUUGGGGCGUAUGGAUCGCCUGA